CGGCGAGGAGGGUGACCGCGCUCCACGUCGACCGCGCGAAGCGGCUCCAGUCGAGAGUCAAGCCUCGUCACGUCGAUUUGUCGCAUUGUACUGCACGGUUGUCUCAACGUGAAUCACCUCCUUUUCACCUGUUCAAACGGAUGCAUAUUGUCGCAGUGUGCUCCGACGAGUUCUCACCUUUUUGUUUUAUGCCCGCUGGGAGGGAGCGUAUUGUGUGCGCGAGAAAGUGUCGUUCGUUAUCGAAUGCCAGCUUCGUGCAUGGCUACGUUCGGGAGUGAUACUAUAGUUGUUUCGUUAUUGCGACGGAUAUAGGAGAAGAGAAAAGUGACAAACGGGAGUCCUAAGUUGAUACACUGAUGAGCCGAGGAGUGUGGUAAAAAAAAAAGUGGUGCUUUCGUUUAGUACAACCGACGGUGUGAGCGAGGAUCGACCGCGAAGGUUUUAAGAUGCUGACGUCCAAUGCGAAUCAGUAUCUCCGUCCUGAAUAUCUCACACCGUUACCUACUACGUUAGAUGCGAAGAAAAGUCCACUCGCGCUACUCGCUCAGACCUGCAGCCAGAUAGGAGCGGAUCCCCCGUCCAACAAAUCGCUAUUAAGUUCCUUGGACAAAUCGUCGAGCAACAGAUCAUCUAAAACCGCGGAUCAAUCACGCGAAAAGUCCUCGCCGGCAGUGAUUGUGGUCUCGACGUCGACGGUUGAACCCACAAAAACUAGUUUCAAGCCGUACGAAUCCUGCCUCGGACGCGAGAAAGCAUCUAGUCCGGACGAACCAAGAUCGGCAUCGAGCCAUUCGACAUCUGGUCGAUCCAGGACUCCCGGUAGCGGUGGCAAACGAUGUCCCAGCAAUCAAAGUGCUACAUCGGUACGCGCGGUCACGCCACAAGGCAGGAAAACGCCAAAUGGUGAGGUCACGCGGGAGUCGCCGGCUUCUAGAAGUUCGGCGCCUUUGGUACCAACGAGCGCGACAGAAACUACCUCGAAUCAACCAACCGUCAGUAGUCCCUCGUUACAAGUCAAACCUGCCUACAGUCCCGCGGGGGUGCUGGCAAUGACCGACCCAUCCAUCAAAGAUCUCCCCUUAGGCACGUUUAAACCAGGCGUCAGUCUCCCAACUUCCACCGCUGCCUAUUUAGGCUAUAGUCCCGGUCAGUUACCCAUAGAUGUAAUGGCCAGCUCACUAAUGUCUCAGCAUCAUGCUGUUCUAAAGAACGGUCUCGUCGCCACCAAUCCUUAUCUCGGCUACACGAGGUUGAAAAGCAACGCUGGACCGGCGGACAGUUUGAUGGCGAUAUGCCGCGAUCCCUAUUGCACCGGCUGCCAAUUGAACUCGCACCUGCUAUCAAACUCGGCGACCGCCGUCACGGCCGUUGCCAACGUCGUCAAUGGAAAAUUGCCGUCAGGUACAAAUGUGAGCCCGAACUCUUGUCCGGCUGGGUGUGUCCAAUGUGAUCACAAACCUGGCAGCGCUUCGCCUUAUGGGCCGCUCGGUGCAGCGAGCGCAGCCUACGCGCAUGCACAGUUAGCCGCACUAGCUGCGGUCUCGCAGUUACCUUACGUAUGUAACUGGAUUGCCGGCGACACUGCAUAUUGCGGCAAAAGAUUCGCCACGUCAGAGGAGCUGUUGCAACACCUCAGGAGUCACACGAGCGUGUCGACGGGCGGCGGCGCGACCGAUCCCACAAGCGCGGCCGCCGCCGCUGCCGCUCUGUCUCUGCUGUCGCCCUCGGUCGGGUUGCCUCCGACUCAUCCCUUGUUCGCCAGAACUUACCCCACGCCGCCCUUGAGCCCACUCGCGACCGCGCGCUACCAUCCGUACGGGAAACCUUCGCCGCUGAUACCACCGUCUCUACCGUCGUUGGGCCUGCCGCUGCCGCCAUUGCCGCCGCCGCCGCCGCCACCGCCGCCGCCGCAUCCACACGCAGCUGCCGGACUGCCAACGUAUUUUUCGCCGUAUUCCCUCUACGGGCCCCGUCUAGGUACAUCCUCCGGUAUGCAUCAAUGAGUUCUCGGUAGCGGGUGCUUGUAAACCAAUGGUUAGCGAGGCGAAUCAACCGGCGAACUGUGAUUUCUGUAACGAGUUACUGAAUACGUAAGCAGAGAAUAUUGGUUUUAACGCGAGAUACUUGUCGCGCGACUAGCCGAUCGUCCGAAGAUGAAAUCUCGCGUUAUCGAGCUACACGAUCUCAGUACGACAGAAUAUGUUUCUCUCGAUACUAUCGCGAUAAUAUGCUCGGUUGGUCUUCCGCAAAUUUUCUGCAAAGUUUUCCAUCUUAUAUUAAAGAUUUAACAUAGAAUUGAAACAACUGCAAACUUGCGCAACUAUUAAACAACACUUCUUACCUAGGCGCGAAACGCUACUGUCUCGAUGUUAAUGCAAAUAGGUUUGUUGUAUCAUACACACUAUACAUAAAAUGCUUUAACAAAUACAAAGUUAAAGCUAACUUUCAAUAAAUAUUGACUUUCUGAGGGCUCUACUCCUCGAGUACCGCUAUCGGUGAUAAAAAGUGCUCUCAAUCAUACACGUAUGAACAGCCUUACUGUUCUUAUCAAAAUAAAAUGAAUCCCUACCUCAGCUAUAUAUCAAUAACCUAACCAAACCUAAUCUAACUUAAUCUAACUUAACCUAACCUAACCUAACCUAACUUGACAUCACCAACAUCGUUGAGGGAAGAAGGUUACAUUUCUGUAUAACUGGUUCGUGCGGAAUAAUGCCUAUCAGGUGCGAAUGCCUAUGAAUUGCAUUCAGAAAGGAAAACUUGAUGUAUCACUUCGCUAAACUAUUGGCUACCUUCGCCUGCUACUCAGCAUAGUCUCUUAGAUUUGUAGUUUUCUCAUAUUUGCCACAAGUGCUGCGAUAUAUCGAGGCAAGCGACUAUCGAAUGGCGUUGAACUUGAUCAAGGUAGUUGUUCCGUGCGGUAAUGAAUUUUCAUUCGCAGCAAAGGCACUUCUCAUAAGCAUAUUAUUAUGUAAUUGAUCAAAAUUAUUUUUGUAUAUACAUUUAUUUAAAUAUCUAAAUACUAAUGUUAAUUCGAAAGGAAAUUAAGAUACAUAAAUGCACGAUAUAAUAAAUACA